AUGAGAAUUGAAGGUCAAUCAUUAAAUCCAAAAGAUUUAUUAUUAGAUUUGCAACAAUUUAUAAUAAAACAAAAUGAUUAUUAUAUUGAAAUAUUAGGAUUAAUAAAGUCAUUUAAAGAUAAUACAAGUACUACAAUCUCAUCAACCAAUUCAUCUUUAAUAUCAUCAAUUUCAUCAAUUUCCAGAGGAUUAUAUACAAAAAAUAAUGAAUUAAAUAAAUUACUUUUACAAUAUUUACAAAAUUCAUUAGAUGAAAAACAAUCAUUUAAAAAUUUCAUAAAUGAGUUUAUUUUAAUAUUUGAUAAUAAUUUUAUAAUUUUGAUUAAUAAAUAUUUGAAUAGAAUAAAGAAUUUAGAAAUUAAUAAUAAAUUAAUGUUUGAAAAAUUAAACAAACCAAUUGUCUCCAAAAUUUUAUUUAUUUCAAAUUUUACAUCAAAUUGUAUCUCAAUAUUGAGAAAUCCUUUCAUCAUUGAUAAAUUGAAAGAUAUUAGCUCACAACUUACAAAUAUUUACGAUCAACAUCAAAAUGACAUUUUAGUGAAACAAUUCAAUAAUAUAAAAUUCAACAAAAUCCAAUCGUUUUAUUCUACGUCAUCUAUUGUUUCAAGUUAUUUCACAAUUGAUCAAAUUAAAGACAGAUCUGGUGAUUUGAUUAUAAACAUGAACAACCAAUUAAUUGAAUUAAUUCUAUUAGAUUUAAAUAAUAUUGGAGAUUACAAUGCUUUAGCUUUAGUACGUGUUGAGGAAGAAGGAGGUGAAAUACAUAGAAAUUUAAUUUACCCGCCUUUCCGAGUUAAUGAAUUAUCAUUAUCUUCUUGGGAAGAUGAAAUCUAUUUAAGAAGUAUAAACUUUAAAGGGGACGAUGAUUUUCAAAAAAACUCAAUUAAUUUACGGUUCAAUAAUCAAGAAUCAUGCAACAUCUGGUCAAUCAAAAUAUCCAAAAUAUGUCCAUUGGAAAGUAAUUUGUCACCAUUGAAUGAAUCUUUUUUAAUUGAUUCACCAACAAAACCAAAUAAUAUGUCAGGAUUAGGUAUAAAUCUUAUAACAGAUUCAGAUCACAAAAGGUACUUAUCAUCAGAAGAAACUUUAACAUUAAAUAAGAGUUCAAUAAUAUCCUCACCAAUUAAAAAACCUAGAACUGACUCUUUACAAUCGCAAUAUGAUAAAUCUUUGCCCAUUAUCCAAAAAACCAUAACCAAUAAUAAUCAAGAUGAUGAUGAAAAAUUAUUUCAAAUAAUAAAUAGAAGAAAAAUUUCAGAAGAUUAUCUGGAUGAAUCAAAAGAAAGACCAAUUUCUUCACAAGCAGAAUUUUGUUCACCAGAAAGUAUUGAAUCAAUAAAUGAUCCAAUAAAUUUGAAUCCAAUACAACCAAUACAACCAAUACAACCAAUUCAACCUAUUUAUCAACAACCUUGUGCUUCAGUACCUGAUUUAAGAAAUAGUUCUAAAGUAUAUCAAUUAUCAACUGGCUCAGCUAUUGACAUAUCAAAUUUUGGUAAGACUCAUCAACCCGAUUUUAUCAAGAAAAGAAAAUCAUCAUUCUUUCAAUUAUUCAAGAAAAGUUCCUCAAGAGUUGAUGUUAAUUCAUCAAAAUUAGACGUCAAUUUAUCAAAAAAUGAUUUGAAUGCAUCUAUAGUUGACAUAACAACGGCUAAUAUAGAUAUAUCUACACCACCUCAAUCACCACCUCAAUAUGACGCUAAUCCAGAAAAAUUAAUGACAAGAUCAGUUUCCAAAAUACCUGCACCAUUUGCAUUACCAUCAUCAACAUCAACUUAUUUUUUCAAACAACCAAAUUCUAGUGUAGUAUCAACAACAAAAGAUCAAACUCCAGAAAUUUCAGAAGAUGAUUUAAUUAUUCCAACCAAUUUGAAGAAUCAAAUUAAUCUGGAUUUGACUAAAGAUUUUUACAUCUCAGAAUCUGAGCCAAAAACUAUCAAAAUUUCAAAAUGGAAACAAAAAUAUGGUAAAUGGGAAAUGAUAACUACAUCAGAAUUAAUCUUUUUGAAAUUAGUGGUUGAUUUAGAAAAUAAAAAUUGCUGGUUAAUAAUUUUCAAAGAAGAAGUUGAAAAGAAUGAAGUUAUUGAUAAACCAAUUUUGUUACUCGACAUUAAUAUUCAAACAAAAGUUAGAAACUCGUCACCAUUAGAUUUACAAAUUAAUUCUAAAAAUUCAAUCACAAAUGAAAACCAAUUAAUUAUGAUCAGAUGUACAUCCAGCUCAAUCAUUGAAGAAAUAGACUCCAACUUAAAUAAAGUAAAAUCAUUAAUACCAACUACAACGAGCUACAAUUCAUUAACUACAAUCGCUUCAUCAAUAAUGGACAGUCAAAGUAAAUCAUCAACUUUUUCAAGUCUUAACUCAAUUAUAAAUGAAGAACAACCAGAAAUUGAAAUGAUCAUAAGAUUACAAAAAAAUUUACAACCUUUUCAAAUCAAUAUUCCAUCAUCCUGGGAAAUUAUUUCAAUGAUGAAAUUACAAAUUUUCAAAAUUAUCGAAUUAGGUCAAAUUAUGUACAAGUUUAAAUUAUACAACGAUAUGAAUGAAUUAAAAUAUGAUUGGAAUAUUUGCAUCAACAAUAAAUUUGAAAAAAUUGGUAGGGCUGUCACAUCAUUAUCAGAACCAGCUAAAACAAUCCCCAUAAUUAAAAUCCAUCAGAAUAAAUUUUAUGAUUCACACACUAAAAAUCAAUUUUUUAUAAGAGGUAUAGCAUAUCAAAAAACAAGACAAGAAGGAGAAAUUUAUGAUACAACUAAGGAAACAAAUUAUAUUGAUCCAUUAAGUAAUCCAUUCACAUGUUUAAGAGAUUUGGAAAACCUAAAAGAGCUAAACGUAAAUGUGGUUAGAAUUUAUCAAAUUAAUCCAUUAGCUAAUCAUGAUGUUUGUAUGAACGCUUUUGCGUCUGAAGGAAUCUACGUUUUAGCUGAUUUAUCAGAACCUUAUGUAUCCAUCAAGAGAGAUUAUCCGCAUUGGGAUACUGAAAUUUUUGAACGUUACAAGGCAGUUGUGGAUUCUUUACAUAAAUAUCACAAUGUCUUGGGUUUUUUCGCAGGUAAUGAAAUUGCAAAUUCUCAACUGAAUAUUGAUUCUUCUCCAUUUAUAAGAAGUUCAAUUAGAGAUAUUAAAGCUUAUAUUGAUGAAAAAGGGUAUAGAAAAAUCCCAAUAGGUUAUGCAUCAAAUGAUGAUUCAGUUAUAAGAUCAAAUUUAGCCAGUUAUUUUGUUUGUGAUUUAGAUGAAGAAUUAAAUAGUAAAGCUGAUUUUUUUGCAAUAAAUAAUUAUGAAUGGUGUGGAUAUUCAACAUAUACUACAUCGGGAUAUAGAGAUUUAACAUCAAUUUUUCAAAAUUAUCCAAUCCCAUUAUUUUUCAGUGAAUUUGGAUGUAAUUUAAUUCAACCUAGACCUUUUACUGAAAUUGAAUCAAUAUUUGGAUCAACAAUGAAGAAAAUUUGGUCAGGUGGUAUAGCUUAUGAAUAUUUUGAAGAAGUUAAUCAUUAUGGUGUAAUUCUAUUAAAGAAGGAUCAAUCUAUAUUAAAAUUACCUGAUUUUGAAAAUUUGAAAACUAGAUAUAAUUCAAUUAAUUCAAAAGCUGUUAAAAUUGAUUUAAAUGAUGAGACUGAAGUUAAUACAAUAUCAUGUGAUGAUUUGGUUUCAGAUACUUGGAACGUUGCAAAUAAUUUACCACCAACUCCCGAUUCCAAUAAAUGUAAUUGCUUAUAUAAUUCAUUAAGAUGUGUAAUAUCAACAGAUCAACAAUUUGAUGAAGAAAAUUACAUAAAAGACUUAUGCUACAAAGUAGAUUGUGAUCAUAUAAAUUGUAACGGUAGAAUAGGUAAAUAUGGAAAAUAUAGUGAUUGUUCACCAUUAAUUAGAGCCUCGUAUGCAUUAAAUCAAUAUUAUCUACAAACAGGUGAAAGAAAAGAAAUAUGUACUUUACAAAAUCGUGGAGAGUUAUUACAAGGUGAUGAACAAGGUGAUUAUUGUACAAAAUUAUUACAAGAUUUAGAUAAACCUACAAAAACUCUUAUUAAAGAUGUCGUAAUUGAUGAAAAAAAUUCUGAACCAAUUGAAGUUUUCGUACCUGAAUUAAUAAAUCCUCAACCAAUACCAUUAAAAGAUAAAAAGAAAAAUUUAGGUAUUUCAUUGUUUUCAAAACAAAUGUAUUCUAAAUUGUUCAGAUGCUUAAUUGAUAUUUGGUUAAUUUUUUAUAUUAUAAUUUAG